CACAUUUCCUUUCAAGAUGGCGGACAAUCUCCCUUCGGAGUUUGAUGUGAUCGUGAUAGGGACGGGUUUGCCUGAAUCCAUCAUUGCAGCUGCAUGUUCAAGAAGUGGCCAGAGGGUUCUGCAUGUUGAUUCAAGAAGCUACUAUGGAGGAAACUGGGCCAGUUUCAGCUUUUCAGGAAUACUGUCCUGGCUAAAGGAAUACCAGGAAAACAGUGACAUUGUGAAUGAAAGCCCAGCAUGGCAAGAGCAGAUUCUUGAAAAUGAAGAAGCCAUUGCUCUUAGCAGGAAGGACAAAACCAUUCAACAUGUGGAAGUGUUUUGUUACGCCAGUCAGGAUUUACAUGAAGAUGUUGAAGAAGCUGGUGCACUGCAGAAAAAUCAUGCUUCUGUGAUAUCUGGGAACCCCACAGAAGCUGCACAUUCUGCCUGUCUGCCUUCAGAAGAUGAAUCAUUAUGCAGUGUGAUCUGUGAAGUGCCGAGAGAACAAACUCCAAGCAGUGAUCUAGAGACUGCCCUAGAAAUACAUGAUGUGGAAGUAACAGGGGAAAAAGAAAAGCAUUAUGACAACAAAACUUGUGUGAAGUCAGCUUCAGAAGAAGAAACAAGUGAAAAUGUGCCUACAGAAGAAGACACUGCAUUGCAACCAAAGAAAAAUAGGAUUACUUACUCACAAAUUAUUAAAGAAGGCAGGAGAUUUAAUAUUGAUUUGGUAUCAAAACUGCUGUAUUCUCGAGGAUUGCUAAUUGAUCUUUUAAUCAAAUCUAAUGUAAGUCGAUAUGCAGAGUUCAAAAAUAUUACCAGGAUUCUUGCAUUUCGAGAAGGAAGAGUGGAACAGGUUCCUUGUUCUAGAGCAGAUGUCUUUAAUAGCAAACAACUUACUAUGGUAGAAAAACGAAUGCUAAUGAAGUUUCUUACAUUUUGUAUGGAGUAUGAAAAACAUCCUGAUCAAUAUAAAGCCUAUGAGGAGAUUACAUUUUCCGAGUAUUUAAAAACACAGAAAUUAACCCCCAGCCUCCAGUACUUUGUCCUGCAUUCAAUUGCAAUGACAUCAGAGAAAGCCAGCAAUACCAUAGAUGGUCUCAAAGCUACCAAAAACUUUCUUCACUGCCUUGGACGUUAUGGCAACACUCCAUUUUUGUUUCCUUUAUAUGGCCAAGGAGAACUUCCUCAGUGUUUCUGCAGGAUGUGUGCAGUGUUUGGUGGAAUCUAUUGUCUUCGUCAUUCAGUACAGUGCCUUGUUGUGGACAAAGAAUCCAGAAAAUGUAAAGCAAUCAUAGAUCAGUUUGGUCAGAGAAUAAUCUCUAAGCAUUUUCUUGUGGAGGACAGUUACUUUUCUGAGAACACAUGCUCACAUGUACAAUACCGGCAGAUCUCCAGGUCAGUCCUGAUUACAGAUAGGUCUGUACUAAAAACGGAUUCAGAUCAACAGAUUUCCAUUUUGACAGUACCAGGAGAAGAACCAGGAACUUUUGCUGUUCGAGUCAUUGAGUUGUGUCCUUCAACAAUGACAUGCAUGAAAGGCACAUGUAAGCACAGUAGAAUCCGUUUGUUUUGUGGGUUUGUUUAGGAAGUAAAAGGGGGCAGCCAUUGAUAAAGUUGUCUGGGUUCUGGUUAUAGUUUUGCCAUAUAUUUUUUAUUCACAUUCUUUGUUCACACACUUUAUGUUCAUACAGUAAGUCAUUUUAUUGCUUUGCCUCUAAUCAUUUUUGUGGCUGGAUCUCCAUAGGCAUAAUUUAUAAACCCUCUAGUGAAAGAAUUUCUGUGACUUUAUAGUUCUUUCUGUAACUUUACUUAAGCUUAUUAGAAACA